GUCGGAAAGCGAUCUCGCCCGCAGUUGCCCUUAGAGACGACAGUGGGCCCGCCAGGGGCGGAGGCCAGGAGCAGGGCUGAUGGCUGCUCAGGCAGGCGCGCCCGACUCCGCUCUGCGGGACCUGGAAGAAGCUUUGGGCAUGGGUUUGACGGCAGACGGGGACGUGGGGGAUGCGGUGGCCGCCGAGGGCGCCUACUACUUGGAGCAGGUUACCAUAACUGAGGCAUCUGAAGAUGAUUAUGAAUAUGAAGAGAUACCAGAUGACAAUUUCAGUAUUCCAGAAGGUGAAGAAGAUCUGGCAAAAGCAAUUCAGAUAGUCCAAGAGCAGGCUACAGAUACUCAAAUUUUGGAGCAGAAAACAAUUCUUCCUUCAAGGCAUGCAGUUCCUGAAGUAAUAGAAGACUUUCUCUGCAAUUUUCUGAUCAAAAUGGGAAUGACCAGAACUCUUGAUUGCUUUCAAUCUGAAUGGUAUGAGUUAAUACAGAAGGGGAUAACUGAACUUAGAACUGUUGGGAGUGUUCCAGAUGUCUACACUCAGAUUAUGCUUUUAGAUAAUGAGAACAAAAAUUUGAAGAAAGACUUAAAGCACAUCAAACAGGCAGCUGACAAGGCUAGAGAAGAUCUGCUGAAAACUCAGAAAGAACGUGAUUUUCAUCGAAUGCAUCACAAGAGAAUAGUCCAAGAAAAAAAUAAAUUAAUUAAUGACCUCAAAGGGUUGAAGUUACAUUAUGCAUCCUAUGAACCAACUAUAAGGGUGUUACAUGAGAAGCACCAUGCUUUACUGAAGGAGAAAAUGCUGACCUCCUUGGAAAGAGACAGAGCUGUUGGACAGAUUUCUGGACUUCAGGCAACACUGAAGAACAUAGAUAUAGGACAUAAUUUUCAUAUUCCUGAAAUUAAAGUUGGACACAAUAUUGAAAAAGAAAAUAUGCCAGAAGGUCCUACUCAGAAAGGUCUUCGUAAAGCCAGGGAACAAAACAAAUGUAAAACAAAGAUGAAAGACAAUGCAAAGGCCUCCUUCAACAGAACUCAAGAGGGAGCUUUUGAGCUCAGUGCAAGAUCAACCCUCUGUCCAACUCCAGUUCUUCAUCAGAAGGAGUGGAGAGGGAAUACUCAAACUUGGAAUAAGACUACACCUCUGCAGAACAUCAUUGGCAAGAGACAACAGAGUGCACCAACAUUCAGAAUAAGACCACCCACCUACAGGACAUCUUGCCUCUGUCAGCGGGAGCCAAGUGGGAAGUUCUGAGCAACAGUCUUCUUGGCUUGUCGUCCUCCAAUGCAUCUUUCAUCAACAUCUACACUUUUAUCCAUGUUCUUCUUAGUAUUCAUAAGAAGCUCAAUAUUCCCAGUUCAUCCUUUAUUUUCAGAACUCUCAUCUUCCCUAAGAUACCUUGUAUCACUUUUUCUGACCCAAUCUCUCUUUCCUCUUUUCUGACUUCCCAGACCCUUUCUCUAUACUCAUUGGAACUCAAAGUUGGUGAGCAGUGAAAUGUUCCCUUUCCUUUUGUGCUAAUGGAAAUUUAGCUUUCUCUAAAUUAGGUAACCUGUUUUUCCUGUAGCCAGUGGGGUUCUAGUAAAUGUUUAAUGAUCAGCUCUUUGAAAAAAAGAAGAAGAAAAAAGCCUGGAUUUGUAAUGUCUUCCAGUUUCUGUGCUAUAAAUACUCAGACUGUAGAUGUUCAAGCUAUAAUUUUAUUUGAAUGAAUGAGAAUUGGGAAUUGAUAUUCACAGUCAGAGUUCUUGGGUCAGUAUGAGCCAGCUCUAGUACAUGAAGUCUUACAACACCACCAGAGCAAAUUGUUCUACUAUAUACUCAAUCAUGUUAUUGGACCUAGACAGAGGUCAGAUAAAUGAUCUCUGCUUCUCAUUGCUGCUAUCAUUUCCUCUCCCUUCUUCUAUCAUGAACAUAUAUUUUCUCUGUUUUAUCACUAUUAAGGUAUAACAUGACUUUUACUACCUAUAUGUUAAUGACUCCUUCAUUUCUAUCAUUUACUGAGAUCUCUUCUCCGAAUUACAUUUUUAUAUAAUGGGUUGCCUACUUGGUGCGUGUAACUAGAUAUCAAUUUCCUACUAUAAUUAUUUCUCCUGUGAUUUUUUUUUCAGUCUUAAAUAAUAGAAAUUCUAUCCUUUCAUUUUGUUUUUUGUCCAGAAAAUCUCUAGAGUCAUCCUUGAGUCAUUUCUCUCUUUCUCUCAUACCUCCCAUUCAAUAUGAAAGAAAUGAUUUUGGUUAUAUCUUUGAAAAAAGUCUAUACUUUCAUCUUUUCUUACAUCUAGCAUUGUUGUUGUUUCUUUGUUCUGUCCUCAUAUCUAUCUUGGAUUAUUCCAAUCCUUCUAACUACUCUCUACUUCUGUCUUUGUUUUCCUUUCGUGUCUUUUAAACACAGCAGCCAGAAUGAUCUUAAAACAUGUUAUCCAUGACACUGCUGAAAAAUUUCCAGUGGCUUCCUAUCUUACUUAAAGUUACAGGUGAAGUUGUUAUAACUUCUGAGACUAUGUGGGUCUGGCCCCUUUUAACUCUCGGCCCUUAUCUCUUGCUUUUCUCCACUUUCUAUUCAUUUGCAGCCCACUAGCUUCCCAUGUGUUUGUAGAACAGCCUAGAUAUGCCCUUGUUUUGAAGCUCUUUCUUUCUAAUAGAACUAUAGAGCUUAUUUCUUCUCAAAUCAAUUUUUGUAAUCUAUAAGGUAAUAUGAACAGAGCCUAGCACGCGUGAGGCGCUGGGCUUGAUCCCCAGCACCAUAUAAAAAUAAAAACAAAUAAAAUAAAGGUAUUGUAUUCAUCUACACUAAAAAAAUAAAAAAAAAUUUAAAAAAUGGAGAAAAUUAUCUAAGAAAAAAAUUAAUAAUCAUGAUAAAAGAAAAUCUUAAUAUUUAAUUAUGAUAAAAAUGUAUCAUUAUUUUAUGAUAAAAAGAACUAACACACUUAUGAUAAAACAAAAACUUAGCAAAUGUAGUGGGAAGGGUACGUUUUGAACCUUAAUAAAGAAUACCUACCUACCCAGAACAACAAAUAUUCCUUAUGUUGAAUCAUCCAAAGCAUCCCCUUAAAAUUUUUAAACAGGAUAUGAAUGCCUACUCUAACCACUUCUGCUUAACUGCUUUCAGGAGGUUCUAGACAAGAUACAAUGAGAAGAAACACAAAUAAAUUUUUCUAGGACUAGAAAAGGAAAAAUCACAGCUACCGUUUUUCACAAAUGAUAACAUUACUUAAGAGGAAAAUCCUUAAAAAAAACUAUACAUAAACUAUAGAAAUAUAGAGUUCAGCAAAAUCACGCGUGCUAGGCAAGCCCUCUUCCACUGAGCCACAACUUUGACCCCAAUCUCCAUUAAUAUUUUGAUAUGGUAAAUGACAUUAUGUAUUUUCUAAUUUAAACAUUACCUAUAAGUCCUAGGAUAAAACUAACUUAUUUCUUGUGUGUUGUUUGAUUUAUAUACCACUGAAUCUAGUUGACUAUUUUUUAUUAAGAUGUUUCUGUUUAUGAAUGGAAUUGGUCUUUAGUUUCCCUAUAGUCACUGUCUUUUUAUAAUUGUGGUAAAUUGAAUAAAGUGGAAAUAUUCCCUCUUUCUUUCUUUUGAAGUGUUAUUAUACUGUUGAAGAUCUGUUCCUAACACAUACAGUAGAAAUCUUCUGUAUAACUAAUUGAAAUUAUUAUGUACUUGCAGUAAUAUUUUGCAUUAUGGAUUCUGCUUUCUUUCUAAUAGAACUAUAGAGCUUAUUUCUUCUCAAAUCAAUUUUUGUAAUCUGUAAGGAAUAUGAACAGUUUUGAGUAUUCAAAUUAAGAGUUUAAAGGUAUAUGUCCAAUUUUUAUCAUCUUUUAGAUUUCCAAUAGACAUAUAAUUGUAUUGUUUUUAUUUGUUGAUUUUCUUUUUUUGUCUUCCUUCCCUCCUCAUUUCUCAAUAGUCUUCUUGGAGAGUUAUGAAAUUUAUUGGCAUGUGGGAAGAUCUGACAUUUUGAGUUUUAUGAUUUGUUACUAAGUUUUUUCUUUCUUUGUGUUUUCAUUAUUGUGAUUUCCUUCUGUUUACAUUCUUUGUGUUCUUUCUUGUUCCAGCUUUUUAUGUUGACUAACUGCAUAGUUAAUUAAUUUUUGGCCUUUCUAAAUAUUUAAUAGAACAGUUUUUCUCCUAAAUACUGUUUUAAAUGUAUCACACAGUUGUUUAUAUAUAGCAUUUACAUUUUUGUUCAUUUUUAAGUACUUUAUUAUGAUUUGGUCUUCAUUCCAUGUUUUGUUUAAAGAUAUUUUCAAAUGUACAUAUGCAUAGGCUUUGAAUUUUCUUAUUUUUGUGUGUGGUUAUUGUAUAUUUGUAGUUGGAAUAAAUCAUGGUCAGAAUACAUUGUCUAUAUGAAACCAAUCCUUGAAAUUUCUUUGGAAUUACUGUGGUAGAGAUUGCUAAUUUUUUACUAAGAUAUAUUUCCUUUAUUCCUAUAGUUUUCAUCAUAUAAUUGGGCAUAAUUAGAUGCUUAUAUUUCUCAUCUUUGUUUUUACGCAUAGAUAUGACUGUGAAGCUAAAUUAUGCCAAAAGAGCAUGCACUUAAUUGGUGUGUACCUGUGGAAUUGUUUUAGAAGAACUUACUCUUUACUUUCAAAGAAAGAUAGUACUUUACUUCUCUGAUCAUUGAUGCAGAGCUUGGCCAUGUCACUUAUUUAAGGCCAUUGAUAAUUUUAAAAACCAGACAUAAUGGAACCUUGAUAUAUGCUUGCAUAUUUAGGUUUGCUUUCUUUUGCUUUUGCCAUAGAAAACAGUGUGAGUCAGUUUGCCUGUAUCCUGAUGAAAGAUAGGAGCAUCAAUGACUGAGUCCAGUCCCUAUUAGCUGACCUCUACAAAUGCUUAAGCUAGAUGAAUGCUUUUUGUUUUAUACCAAUUAGAAUUAAUUGAAUAAUAAAAAGUUCAAACACUCUAACCCAGAUCAAAACUUUACUUAUUUACAUAUUUUUUGUCUGAUAAUUGGUUCUGUCUUUCAACAUAACAAAAUUAUAAAGGUAAUUUAUGAUUUAUGUGAAAUUUAUUUUUCUGUUUCAAUAGCUCAUGUUUGUCUUUUUUAUCCAGCAACUAUAUUAACAUAAGUAAUUUUGAAAUAUGAUUCCUGUUUAGGUAGCAUGUCUUUUAUUAUUUCUCAAAACUCCUACUCAUUAUUGCAGAACAUAUUGCCUUCCUACAUGUAAAAAAUUCAUUCAUUUUUGGGUUGCAAUUAGUGUAUAUUAUUCUGUUUUAUUCUUUUUUGCAUUUCUUAGGCUCUUUCAAUUUUUUCAUGUAAUUGCUUGUGCUUCUUUUUAAAAUAUUUCUGUGCUUUUCUUAUUCUCUCUGUAUGUUGACUCUUUUUGAAUCCAUCUUUUGUGUUUUUAUAUAUGAAUCUAUAUAUCUUAAUUUUUAAAGGCUGCAUUUAUUUUUUAAAAUGUUGAUACUUGUUGAUAGCUCUUUUUUGCUUACACAUCACUUUGUGUAUGCAUUUUAUUUCUUUCAACAUUUAUAUCAGUAUGCUUCCCUACAUUAUGGGUGACUUAAAGUUUACUCUCCAGAUUACAUUUCUGAGUUUUGUACUUAUCAUCAUAACAACACAUUUUUUUUGCUUGUGUUUAAUGUUUAUAGUUCAUGUUCAGCUGUUUUCCUUUGUUUCUGUUUUUUUUUUUUUUCUGUUGAGUGUAACAAUACAAUAAAGUCAACCUGUUUUACUUAUGUUCUAGUUGUUUUUUAGUGGC